AUGCGUUACCCCGCCCUCCAGGACUACACGUCCCAGCAGCCCCCGCGGCGGGCACGGCGGACGGACUACGGUGUCCGAGAGGCGGCGGAGACCCUCGGGGUUGUUUUUUUCCCUCCCAGAAGCCCGCGGGCGGCGCCGAGCACCGUCCGCAUCAUGGCCGCGGGAGCGGGAGCGGGGACGGCGGGCUGCGUUUCCGGCGCGAGCGUCUGGCGUGACCCGACGGCGCCGGCGCCGUCGCCGUCGCCGUCCCCGUCCCCAUCCCCGAAGCGGCCGGGCCGGGAGGGCGGGGAGAGCGCGCGGCGGCCGGACGCGAUGGCUGGCGGCGGCGGCGGCGGCGGGAGCAGCGAGGGCGGCGGCGUCCGGGCGGCGGGCCGGCGGGCGUCGCGCCACGGCGGGCGAGCGCGGCGGGGGCGGCCGGAGGCGGGCGGCGUGGGGGGCGCGGGGGCGGCGCGGCUGGAGGAGGUCGUCAACCACUGGGUGCUCAAGUUCUACUUCCACGAGGCGCUGCGGGCCUUUCGGGGCAGCCGCUACGCGGACUUCAGGCAGAUCCGGGACAUCAUGCAGGCUCUGCUUGUCAGGCCCCUGGGGAAGGAGCACACCGUGUCCCGGCUGCUGCGGGUCAUGCAGUGUCUGUCGCGCAUUGAAGAAGGGGAGAAUUUAGACUGCUCCUUUGACAUGGAGGCUGAGCUCACACCUCUGGAAUCAGCGAUCAAUGUGCUGGAGAUGAUUAAAACGGAAUUCACACUGACAGAGGCAGUGGUCGAAUCCAGUAGGAAACUUGUCAAGGAGGCUGCUGUCAUUAUUUGUAUCAAAAACAAAGAAUUUGAAAAGGCUUCAAAAAUUUUGAAAAAACAUAUGUCCAAGGACCCCACAACUCAGAAGCUGAGAAAUGACCUCCUGAACAUUAUCCGUGAGAAGAAUAUUUCCCAUCCUGUUAUCCAGAACUUCUCUUAUGAGGUCUUCCAGCAGAAGAUGCUGCGCUUCCUGGAAAGCCACCUGGAUGACACAGACCCCUACCUGCUCACGAUGGCCAAAAGGGCACUGAGACCUGAGGCUGCUGCUCCAGCAGCCCUGAAGGAAGAUAAUAAACAGCCGGCACCAGAGCCUGUGGCAAAGCCGCCCCAGGAACCUUCAAGGCAGCUACCGAAUUCCCCAACCACCAUUGGAAUGAUGACUCUGAAGGCAGCUUUCAAGACUCUGUCUGGUGCACAAGAUUCUGAGGCAGCCUUCUCAAAGCUGGACCAGAAAGAUCUGGUACUUCCUAGUCGGAUGUCCACAACAUCACCAGUCCUCAAAAGCAAGAGACCAAGGAAAGAUGAAAAUGAAAGUGCAGCCCUUGAUGAGAGCGAGGGUGGCUCUGAACUGCACGCCAAGAACAAGCGCAUGACAAUAAGCAGAUUGGUUUUGGAGGAGGACAGCCAGAGUUCAGAGCCAUGCACAGGCCUUGACUCCUCCCAAGAGAGCAUCCCAGAGUCACUGCCCAAGCCCACCGUUCUCAAACACCCCCUCCCUGGGGAGAAGAAUCUCAAAUCACACAAAGACAAGUGGUACACAUCUAAUGGGGUUGAAGGAAAAGAGACCUGGGUGGAAGAAGACGAACUGUUUCAAGUUCAGGCAAUACCAAGUGAAGAGAGUUCAACCAGUGUAACAAAGAAACAGAAGUGGACUAUAGAAGAAAGUGAGUGGGUCAAGGCUGGAGUGCAGAAAUACGGGGAAGGAAACUGGGCUGCCAUUUCUAAAAGUUAUCCAUUUGUUAACCGAACAGCUGUGAUGAUUAAGGAUCGUUGGCGGACCAUGAAAAGACUUGGCAUGAACUGAAACCAGCUUUCGCUUCCACAAAAUUCACAGGAGCAUGUUCCUAAUAAUAGCCCCUGGUAGUCUUACUUUUUCAGAAGCUGGGCUGAGAUGAAGUUUUCAGCUUUCUCCUCCAAUGUGGAGAAAAGUUCCAGUUUCACUUCACCGUUGGAGAUCAUGGAUUUGAGAAAAUAGCCAAGUCUACCACAUGUCCUUGGCAUAGAUGACAGGCACAUAGCUUGUAGAGUGCCAGAAUAUCUUUAGUAUUUCCCUUCUUUAGUGGUUUGCUUGAAUCCCCAGUAAUUAGUAGAACCUUCUCCUAGGAAAUGGUGGAAUCUGUUAGGAGCCACUCAUGGUUCCCUGAUCAAUUAAAACCAGCAACAUGAGUAUUAAUUUGGAAUGAAUAUAUUCCAGGUAAAGUCUUGGUCCUUCUGAUGCAAAUGCUAAGGAACUUUGUCACAAGCCCAGGGUGGUAAGAGACCGGUCCUGUGGACUGACUCCCUUAACACUCGGUUUAGCUAGUUGGAACAUCAGUAUUGGGAUUUGACUGCCUUGGCAUUUGCUCUUAUUUCCUGGGUUACGUAGGUGGGUUUAACCUCCAGUUUUCAUGUGGUUGAACCAGUGAGGAUUUUUUUUCUUUUCUUUUUCUUUUUUCUUUUGAUAAAAUGGUGAUUGUAGAUAAGCUUAGCCCUGGUCCCAUCCUCUUUUCCCAGUUCCUUUCUUUAUGCUGGACUUCUAAAGCUUAAAAAAAAAUUCCUCAUGAAUAUAAAUGCCUAAUUUUAUUCUUUGUGAUAUGGUCACUUCCGCCUGAUUCCCUCUCUGAUUGUGCUGUGUUAGUGUCUUGAACUGGAACCUGACAUUCCCUUCUUUUGUACUGUGUUGUGCUUAUCGUCUUUCUGACAUGCUUAAAGAUGGUCUUUUUUAAAAAAAAAUUUCUCAUUAGUGUUUUAUGUAAUUUUUUUAAAAAUGGGAGUUAUUGUCCAAAACUUGUAGCAUUCUUCAUUAAAGUCUUGCUCCUCUCAAAUAUAA